AUGUUACCAGAAUAUGACCCAGAGGACGACAGUGAUUCUGAUGAAGAACUUGAAGAUGCACCAAUUGAAACUGGGGAAUAUUUUACUGCCAGAGAUGGUAAUGUUUGGUCUUCGAUACAACCACAACCUGUAAGAUUCCAAACGUCCGGUCCUAAGAAGAAGCCAUUGCUUAUAUUGGACUACAACAAAACCAAAGGUGGAGUUGAUAGCAUGGACAUGUGCUUGUCCGAAUAUAGUACCAAGCGGCGCACAAAUAGAUGGCCUUUGGCUUUCUUUUAUAAUAUUGCGGACGUUGCUGCGUUUGCUGCAUACAUAAUAUACGUUGACAACAACACUCACCUGAAGUCAUAUACAAGCCGCCGUAGGAUGUUUCUCCAUCAGCUAAGUGAGCAACUAUGCAAGCCAGAAAUAAAGAGAAGGGCGAAUAACAGCAGAAUAUCCAGAGUUUUUUCAACGCGCAACGCCAUCGAAGCCAUGAUAGAUAGGCCCAUCCGAGUUGUGGAUGCUGAAGCACAUGAAGCGGAGGAGCGUGAUAGUACGGGACGCCUAAAAGUAAAGGGGAAUUGCUACAUCUGCUCCAACCGAUGCCCUACUCGUAAAGCAUGCACAUUAUGCAACAAACCGGUGGGCGCAGAGCAUUCCAAAGACUUGCCGCAAUGCGAUAGAU